CAUUGAGAGUAAAUGAUGGUCUCAGUAUGUCUAAUGAUGUUAUUUCAUGUUAUUACAGAGCAGUGCUGGAAGCUCUAGUAGCAAAAUAGCUGACUUUAAGGCUCGCUUAGCAAAGCUGCACACAAAGAGGAAUGAGGCUGCAGCUCUGAACCACAAAGAAGUUGUUGAAGAAGAUCGUCAGAAACAGAUGCCCAAAAACUAUGCAAAGAAGAGAGAACGGUUAGAAGCAGAAUUUGAAGAGGAGCAGCGUAGAGAAGCUGUUAUGGCACAGGGUAAAGACUAUGACCGUCUCAAGAUGUUGGAAGUUGGAGCUGAUGAGGCUGAACGUUGGGAGAGAAGAAAGAAGAAAAAGAACCCAGACCAAGGUUUCUCUACCUAUGAAGAUGCUACAAUUAGACAGUACAACCGUUUGGUAAAGAACAGGAAGAUAGACUUAGAAGAGUAUGAAAGAGAAAAAGAGGCAGUGGGGGAAGAUGCAUUCUAUGGAAGGGACAACACUAUAGCUAUUGGGCUUCACAAGGAUUCCAAAGAAGCUAUUGAUGGUAUGGUAGAUGAUCUAGAGAAACAGAUCUCUAAGCGAGAGAAAUACUCACGCCGCCGUAUCUACGAUGAUGAUGCUGACAUCAACUUUAUCAAUGAGCGUAACAUGAAGUUCAACAAGAAGCUGGAGAGAUUCUAUGGUGACUACACUGAGGAAAUCAAGCAGAAUCUAGAACGUGGAACAGCUGUGUAAUUCUUUAGAUGUUUCAUGCCUGUUUUACAGUGGAUACAAAUUAACAGAAAAAGUAUGUUAUUGUAGAAGUUCAUGGUGGAUUUCAGUAUCUUUUAUUUUUAUAUGUUAUUUUAUGUCAUUGUCAUUAGGUUUUCUAGAAUGUAUCACUUAAUUAGGAACAUAAUCAAUAGUUUAUGAUGUUUUUUUUUGUUUUUUUUUCUUUUAUUUCCAUUUUUCUCUGUAUUAUCAAUAGUGAUAAUUAUAAUCUUGACUAAGAACUUUGACUGUUGUCAGUCAAAACAGAGAAUAAUAUUUUGAUUGAAUAAAAGAAAAUAUUAUUAUUAACCAUAUUUUUUAUGUGUGAAAUAGGACUGUAUGUUAAGGUUUCACAAAUGAUAAAAUGAUAAAGAAAAAAGCCUCAAGACUCAAGGAACUAAUGGAAUUAUUACAAUUACCUGAAAGUAUUCUGUAAUUGAUAAUGGUUUUGUCUUUUUAUUAUGUAUUCAGACUUGACUUGUUUCUGUGGAUUCCUGUUUGUUUCUGGAUUUCAGGAAAAUUUGUGAAAUAGAUACAAUAUAUUUUGCAUUAUUUGUAAUUCAAGAGAGUGUGUGUGUGUGUUUGCAUGUGAGUGUGAGAGUGAGAGUGAGAGUGAGUGUGAGUGAGUGUGAGUGAGUGUGUGAGUGCAAAGUGUGAAUGUGAGUGUGAAUGUGUG